AUGGAUAGAGAGCAAGAAGAGAUUCAAUUUCUAGGUGUGUUUGGCAUAUUCAAGGAAUCCUACAACAUCAUCUUUUCAAGAAGAAAAAUCUUCACCCAGAUCACUUUAGCUCUAAUCCUUCCUCUCUCUUUCAUCUACUUUCUUCAUGCCCAUGUUUCAAUUCUCUUCUCAAAGAAAUUCAACACUGCCAACUACGACAAACCAUCCGAUCUUAUCUCCCAUGAAUGGCUUUACUUUUGGCUUUUCAAUGUUGUAUACGUUACUUUGUCUUUCAUCUAUUCGCUUCUUUCAACCGCCGCCGUUGUCUACACUAUCGCCUGCAUAUAUACAGGUCGGGAAGUCUCGUUCAAGAAAGUCAAGAGCGUUGUUCCCAAGGUUUGGAAGAGGCUGAUGGUUACUUUCUUGUGUAUUUUCGUUGCCAUGUUUUUCUACCUCGUUGUAUCUGUUGUCGUCUUCCUUAUUUGGGCAGUUUCAGUGGGAGGAAUACAAACCGUUGGUAUUGCAGUGUUAGCCAUUUUAGUGAUUUUGUUCAUCGUGGGGCUGCUGUAUUUGACCACAGUCUGGCACUUGGCUAGCACCAUAUCUGUUUUAGAAGAGGUCUAUGGGUUCCCGGCCAUGGUGAAGAGCCAGAAACUGAUCAAAGGAAAGCUACUGUUGGCUAUAUCCGUUUUCGUGAUCAUCGGUCUGGCGUCGGGAUUCAUCAGCCAGAUCGCAUUCAAGGGGCUGGUUGUGGAAGGAACCAGCAUAGGAAUGUUCAGCAGGGUUGUUUAUGCAAUCAUUUGUUUGUUGUUGCUAUCCACGACGAUUCUCUUCGGAUUAGUGAUCCAGACAGUGAUUUACUUUGUCUGCAAAUCUUACCACCAUGAAAACAUCGACAAAUCUGCCUUGUCGGAUCACCUGGAAGUUUACCUGCUGGGAGAAUACACUCGUUUGAAGACCGAGGAUGUUCAGCUUUUCCAUGUUUGA